CCAACCUGGAAACAAAAAAUGUGUUGUGUGAAACUUCUUAUUUGGUUGACUAUGGCGUCUUUAGGGUUGUCCGGUGCUUCUUUUAAUCGGUUUUCCGACCUAAGUCUCCUAGUCGAUGAAAUAUGCCGAGUUCACCAAAUUCAAUUUGAACACAUCCAAAUAUUCGUGGGUCCUCAGUCUGAGGUGCUUGACUCGAUUGGUCCAAGGGGACAACACCCUUACGGGAGGAUCUCUCUGAACACUUUACCAGUGGCUGAUCCUUGCCCAUUUAGUCAUUUCGACCCAAGCACAACCAUACUGAAUAUCUUGCUUUUCGAUCAAGUGCCAUCGUCACUCCCAUUGGACCUAAUUCAAGAGCUUCCCAAACAUUUUCCAACUCACGCUGUCUGGGUAUUUGACCUCACAGGAAAUCCUAUUACAAUUGCUCCAAGUUCAUUGAAGCUUUUGAUCGACAACCAACUUUAUUUAGUUGAUUCUAACUCGAUCUCUCAAAAUCGCUCCACUCUUCAGGUUCGGGAAAUCACCCAGAUUCCAGGGUUGGAGCACCCGGUCUUGAGGAAGAUCGGAACCUUCAUAACGGAUACGACAACAAUUCACCCGUCGAACCCAUUUACAUGGAACCGGGAUCACUUUUUUGCUCGACGCAAAGAUCUUAGGGGCAUUACCUUGGGUUUCUUGGUCGAAGAAUCUAAGCCAUAUUGUUUCAUUCCAGAGGGUUCCAAUAGCACCCAUCUUCAGCCAUAUGGUAUCUUCAUUGACAUGCUGAAGCUCUUUUCGACAGAAUUCAACUUUACGAUUAAGUUUGAGAGAGCCCCCAAGAGCUCUUGGACCGAAAUGAUACGUCUUUUGACUUUGAACAAAUUUGAUGGGACCGGAGUGGAUGUAGCCAUCAACAAAGAAAGAGCCCAAGUGGUAGAUUUCACUUCACCGAUAUUUUGGUCCGAUUAUCGAUUGGUUUCUCAGGCGCCAAAUCAAGCCUUGUCUUUCACCACUUAUUCAUCAACCUUUAGUUUCCAUUUCUGGUUGGCCUUCAUUGCCAAUAUUGUCAUCUGCUCCUUUGCCCUGUAUGUGACGAUUCGAAUUGAAAGGUCGCAACGUUGGAAACUAUGGGAGUGCUUCUCAAUGGUUUGUUUGGCCAUGGUUUGCAUUGGAUUAUCUCAUCUGCCAAGUCGGAUCUCCUCCAGAGUAUUGUUCCUCUCAGUUUUACUCCUAGGAACAGUGAUAUGGGCAAGCUAUCAGGCAAGUUUAACUUCGACCCUGACCGUGGUACAGUCGGCAAAGACAAUCUCUGACUUGAACGAUGUGUUGCAAUUGGAUUUUGAAAUUGGUUUGUGGAGUGGAACCGUAGUGGAACAAGUCAUGAAGCUCUCGCCUGACAACUCGGUGGCUAAAACACUUUACGAAACAAAGAUUAAAAACAAUCCAAAGAAUCAAUUGAAUAAUGAGAACGGGUUUGAACGGGUUCGUUUGGACUCCAAGUUUGCUUAUUUAACGGUCACCACCGAGACUAUCUACAAUCCCUAUUAUCCUUGUGACGUGGUCCAAUCCCACAUUUCCACAUUUAAAUUCCCCAGUGGAAUGGCUUUCCGCCCUGGAUUCGAACUACUACCCUUGUUCAAUCAUUACUUGGCUAAAUUGAUGCAAUCUGGCCAAUACGAAAGGAUACGACUUCAACAUUUGCCCCGUCCAAACUCGUGCUCUCCCAAGGACUUGACUCUAGGCUUCGACAACAUCAUCUCGGCCUUUAUUUUAUUGGCUGGAGGAGUUUUGGCAGCGUUGGUUUUGGCUGGAUCGGAGAGAGUGAGGAUGCUUCUUGCUUCCAAAGGCAAACGUUCCAAUGAUUUAAACUCAUUUUUGACUCCUCGUCUCAAGUGAACACAGCAUAUCAUGCCAUAAGUAGAGAUGCAGCAUUGAUGCAAAUAACGCAAAAUAAAAAGUGAGAAGGAGGCAAGUAAGAGUACGAAACAUUGAAUAAACUGGACUCUAGGAGCGCUUGAAUACUUCUUUACUGCAUCUCAAAUACUUUGCCAAAAAGAAAUGCUAGAUGUCAAGAAAUGACACCAACUGAAAACUGGUCGACAAAUAAACAAAAGUUUAAAAUUGCAAACAAAUCCAGAAAAGGACUAAGAGCGUAAAAUGUCAUGGCUAGAUUGCUGAAACCCAACAAAUUUAUUCUCGUCUUUUGUUGAGAACACAUUUUGUUGCCCUUAAUCUUGAUCAAACGGGCUACCUUAGGUUGUGUUGGUUUGUGUAAGCAGUGAAGUGGCUUCUGUAGCUAAUGCACUUUUGCUUUUUAGCUUCUACUUUUCCUAUCUCUCGUAUUGUAGAACUAUAUUUGCCUUAUAUUUGUUCACGUUCUCUUUCCCUUUUU